GGUCCAUUGGACCCAAAAGCAGGCAAAUCAUUGGCAACAUCAAACCUGAAAAUAACAAUAAAUCACUCCCUUGUUAUUUUCUAUUUCUUCUUCUUCUUCUUUCUUCUUCUAAUUGUUACGCUUCUUCCUCGCGGCAAAUGGAGAGGCUGGGCCUUCUGAGAUCCAUCCGUCGAUCGGCGUGCUUCAGAUCUCGCCCUUUUACUUCCGCCGCCGCCGCCGCCGCCGCCAGCAAUUCCCACCUCCACCACCUUCGCCGUGGUAUUCCCAGCUCUUCCACUUCCAGGAGCUUCUUCUUUCGCCUCUCUCCGCUUUCUGAUUGCGGGUCUGCUUUUGAAUCAAGAAUCGGAAGUAGUCGUGCUUUUAGCCAAGACGUAACCCAUUUGCCUGUCAUAAGUGACUCUGAAAUUCGUAAUGUUUUCAAGGAUUUAAUGGCUGCGAGUUGGGAUGAGCUCCCAGACACAGUAAUUCACGAUGCGAAGAAUGCGUUGUCUAAAAGUACCGAUGACAAGGUUGGACAGGAAGCACUGGCGAAUGUUUUCCGCGCGGCGGAGGCAGUGGAGGAGUUUGGUGGGAUUCUUGUAUCUUUGAGAAUGGAAAUUGAUGACAGCAUUGGAUUGAGUGGCGAGAAUGUGAAGCCCUUGUCACAUGAGUUUGCAAAUGCUCUUCAAACUGUCUAUAAACGGUACACUGCAUAUUUGGAUGCAUUUGGAUCCAAUGAUGAGGCCUAUUUGCGAAAGAAAGUAGAGACUGAGUUGGGGACAAAGAUGAUACACUUGAAGAUGAGGUGCAGCGGCAUUGGUUCUGAGUGGGGGAAGGUUACUGUUCUUGGGACUUCUGGACUUUCUGGGUCUUAUGUUGAGCAAAGAGGUCCAUAGUUUUCAAAAGUCGUCUUUCUUCUCUCUCAGCUUUCUUGUUUCAGAAACAUCUUUAAUGUCUGGAAAGAGCUUGUUAUAUUUUCUGCAAAGAAAUUAUCUUUGUCAGAGCUGCAUGCACAGUCAAUUAAAUAAUGAAAAUUUCUUUGUCGACUA